CACUGCCAAAGAUUGUGAAUUGAAACCAGUUAACAAGACUUGAAUUAGUGGAUACUGUCGAUCAUACAGAGGAAAACAUGUCGACAAGUACUCCUACAGCUGAAAUGACAACGAAAUUGGUUAGGUUUUCAUCAAUCCUUGCUACAUUUGAUAAUGAGGACCCAAACGAGGCGUUAAAGCGCACUCAUCAAGUGGUCGUCAUUCCUGUUAGUGGAGAGCAACAGUAUAUUGUCAAAAAUGACCCCGUUGGGGGAGCAGCAUUGUGGAUAGGUGUUUGUCCAGCACCUGAAGGGAAUUCAGUCAAGGAGAUCAUUCCUACUGCUGCCAAAACCAUCAGUGACGCUGCUACCGAGGUCAAGCGUGCUGCUGAAAACAUCAAGACCGAAUUCGAAUCUUUCAUCAAGACCGUCACCAAAUCCGCCAAGGUCACCGAUGAGGAUAGUUUCAAGAAUGCCAGGAAAGCCGUCAAAAAAACCAUAAAAAACGCCCAAGAUGCUGCCUCCAAGGCUGUUGCAGCCGCAUCUGAUUUGGAAACUGCUACUAGCAUGGCCCUUGACACCCCUGCAAAUGCAAAUAACACCACUGUGCAAAAAUUUGAUGGAGCAAGUCAUCCUCAACGACCACCUUCGAGAGACAAUUUGACAGCGGGAGCAGAGAAGAUACAAAUAACACCCCCGUGCCAAAUGUUGAUGGAGCAAAAUCUCCCUGCCCACCAGCCAAUUUGACAGCGGGAGCACAGCAGGUUGCGAAGAGCAAUAAGAACGUCAAAGGAAAAGGCAAAAAAUGACCGUACAUGAGCGUUGAAACACAGAGAGUGAAGAUUCCCGGGCUGAAACCAUUAAUCAAAUAAUGUUUUGAUUCUGGUGCUGAAAUCUGUAACAUGUUCAUUCCUCCAGCUAGGUUUCAUGUGGCAUUUUGCUUUUGCAACCAUGGUUAUUUCUCUAUGUAACUUUGGGACUUUCAUAUCUUUCGUAGUUCUAUUUGAUGCCAUUCAUGUGUAGUUCUGUAUUGUUCACGUUUAUUGUUAGUUCUGAACAUGUGAAUCAUGUUUACUGAUGUAAAAUUAUAAAUAUUUAUAAUUGUGAAUUUUUUAUAGUACA